CGCCGGCGCAUCUUGUAAGAAACAGAGUGUCACGCACAGCACACAGCCAAGCCAGCCAACUUUUACAGGCCUUUUGGCUAGGCUAAGGCGCGCGGCGGUUCUUUACUUGUCGGUGUGGUGUGUCAUUAUUGUUAUCGAAAUUAAAAUCGAGUUGGUGAAUGCUUAGUUGCCAGCUCUAUCAUCGCACUUCGCAGUAGCGCCGGGUUUGGGGCACGCCGGGCCGCGGUUGUUGUGAUAUUUCCAACGUUUCGAACAAAUAGUAUCUUUAUUUUAAUAGAAUCUUCUUUGUUGCCCCCAAACCUCUAAAUCUCAAACUUGGUGAUUUUAGUUAUUAUUCAAUGCAAAAUCUGAAAAAACUAUUAAAAUAUACUCAUCAAUAAAAAGGACAAUAACCGGGUUUGUCUUAAAGCCUGAAGGAGAGACAAUUUUAUAAUAAAAAUCGUUAUUAAAAGUAAGAACAGGUCCAGUGUCUGCUGCCUUAUCUAAAAGCCGGUUUCCAGAAGCGUAAGUCAAAAUGAGUGGGUCUGUAAGGCUGCUACAGGCCUGCAAGCUGCUGCCACGCUCAUGGCACUUUCGACUUUCAAGCUCCUCCUCUGCAUCUGCACCCCCCACUCCAGGGGUGCCAUAUACUAAACUUAGUAUAGGUAUACCUAAAGAAAUUUGGGGCAAUGAAAGAAGAGUCGCAGUUGUACCUGCAGUAGUUAGCAAACUAGUAAAGAAAGGUUUUAGUGUCAAUAUAGAAGAGAAUGCUGGAGCCUUAGCCAAUUUCCCUAAUAAGACUUAUGAAGAAGCAGGUGCCAAAGUAACAAGUUUAAAGGACACUUUUCAAUCUGACAUAAUUUUAAAGGUUCGUCCUUUAGUAGACAAUGAAGUACCUAAUGUAAGAGCAGAAGGCACACUCAUAUCGCUACUAUAUCCAGCACAAAAUCAAGAUCUGAUUAAAAAACUGGCUGCUAAAAAUGUCAAUGCAUUUGCUAUGGAUUGUAUUCCUCGAAUUAGCAGAGCUCAGGCAUUUGAUGUCCUUAGUUCAAUGGCCAAUGUGGCUGGAUACAGGGCUGUGAUUGAAGCUGCGGCGCAUUUCCCACGAUUCUUUUCAGGCCAGAUGACGGCUGCGGGCCGUGUGCCGCCGUGCCGUGUCCUGGUGGUGGGCGGCGGCGUGGCGGGGCUGGCGGCGGCGGCGCAGGCGCGCUGCAUGGGCGCCGCCGUGCGCGCCUUCGACACGCGCCCCGCUGUACGCGAGCAGAUCGAGAGUCUGGGCGCACAGUUCAUCACUAUGGAAAUGAAGGAGGAGGGCGCCGGAGAAGGCGGGUAUGCCAAAGAGAUGAGUCAAGAGUUUCUGGAUGCCGAAAGGGCGUUACUGGGUAAAGAGGCCAGGACUUCUGAUGUCGUUAUCAGCACUGCUCUCAUUCCCGGGAAGCCCGCGCCAAUACUUAUUCUAGAGGAUGCCGUUCGUGAUAUGGCUCCCGGUAGCGUCAUUGUAGACUUGGCCGCGGAAAUGGGCGGCAACAUACAGACCACGAAGAAGGGCGAGAUCACCAAGGUCCACGGAGUCACACACAUCGGCCUCACAGACUUGCCCAGCAGGAUGCCUGCACACGCGUCAACCUUAUACGCUAAUAAUAUAUCUGGUUUCCUGUUGAGUUUAGGUUCAAACGACCACUUCCACAUCAACCUAGAAGAUGAAGUGACCCGCGGUGCCAUCGUGCUGAAGGCUGGCGAGCUGCUGUGGCCCGCGCCGCCGUCGCCGAGCAUGGCGCCCGUGCAGGCCGCCGCCAAGCCCACCGCUGUAGCGAAGCCUGAACCGCCCAACCCCUUCAACGUCACCUUAAAGGAUUCUUUCUUAUACUCUACAGGAAUGGCCAGUUUGAUUGGUCUAGGAAUGGCGUCACCUAAUCCUGCAUUCACCACUAUGACAACAACCCUUGCUUUGUCAGGUGUGGUGGGAUACCACACGGUGUGGGGCGUGGUCCCAGCGCUGCACUCUCCGCUCAUGUCCGUCACUAACGCCGUGUCGGGUAUCACUGCUGUCGGAGGUCUGCUGCUGAUGGGCGGCGGCUAUGUGCCCGAGACUCCAGUGCAAUGGUUGGCCAGCACAGCAGCGCUAAUAUCAUUCGUGAACGUGUUCGGUGGAUUCAUGGUCACGCAGCGCAUGCUUGACAUGUUCAAAAGGCCCGGUGACCCGCCAGAAUAUGGUUACCUGUACGGUAUUCCUGCGGCAGCCCUUCUUGGUGGAUACGUCACAACAGCUAUGCAGGGUUUCGAUGAAGUUCACCAGAUGGCGUAUCUAGCCUCGUCACUGUGCUGCGUAGGAGCAUUGGCCGGAUUAAGCUCUCAGACCACUGCUCGCAAAGGCAACUACCUUGGAAUGAUUGGUGUAGCGGGCGGUAUCGCCGCAACUUUGGGAAUGCUCACCCCUAGCCACGCUGUAUUGGCGCAAAUGUUGGGCGUAGCUGGUAUUGGAGGUCUUAUUGGCGGUACUAUUGCCAAGAAAAUUGAGAUUACCGAUCUCCCACAACUUGUGGCUGGAUUUCACAGUCUUGUGGGAAUGGCUGCCGUUUUAACAUGCCUUGCUACGUACAUGCACGAUUUCCCUGCGAUGGCGCUGGACCCCACGGCCGCUACCUUAAAAACUUCCCUUUUCCUUGGUACCUACAUCGGUGGUAUUACAUUCACUGGGUCCCUGGUAGCGUACGGCAAGCUGCAGGGCUCGCUGUCGUCGGCGCCGCUGCUGCUGCCGGGGCGGCACGCGCUGAACGCGGGGCUGCUGGCGGGCGCGCUGGGCUGCGGCGGCGCGCUGCUGGCCUUCCCCGACGUGCCGGGCCUGCCGCUGCUGUCCGCCGCCGCGGUGCUCAGCGGCAUCCAGGGGCUCACGCUGACCGCUGCUAUUGGCGGUGCUGAUAUGCCCGUGGUGAUCACAGUACUAAACAGUUACUCUGGAUGGGCACUGUGCGCUGAAGGGUUCAUGCUUAACAACUCCCUGAUGACCAUUGUUGGUGCUCUUAUCGGCAGCUCUGGUGCUAUCCUAUCGUACAUUAUGUGCAAGGCAAUGAACAGAUCUUUACCGAACGUAAUUUUGGGAGGGUAUGGUGUCACGAGCAGUGGCUCAGCUCGUCCUACUGAUGCUACUCACACCGAAUUAAACGUCGACUCCGUCGCUGAGCUCAUUCACCGCGCCUCGAACAUCAUUAUCACACCUGGUUACGGUCUCUGCGUAGCUAAAGCACAGUACCCUAUUGCCGAACUAGUCGAUAUUCUGAAAGGUAUUGGCAAGAAGGUUCGCUUUGCUAUACAUCCCGUUGCAGGGCGUAUGCCGGGACAAUUGAAUGUUCUGUUGGCUGAGGCUGGAGUACCUUAUGACGAUGUUUUUGAGAUGGAGGAAAUUAAUGAUGAAUUCCCUGAAACCGACCUUGUAUUGGUUAUUGGGGCCAACGACACCGUAAACAGCGCCGCCGAAGAUGACCCCAACUCGCCUAUCGCUGGUAUGCCAGUGCUUAAAGUCUGGAAAGCAAACCAGGUGGUAGUAAUGAAGCGGUCGAUGGGUGUUGGCUACGCCGCAGUAGACAACCCAAUUUUCUACAACCCCAACACAGCCAUGUUGCUUGGAGACGCCAAAAAGACUUGCGAUUCGCUGCUCGACCGCAUCAAACACCUUUGUGCUUAAGUAAGCCCACGUACGAAAUUUAUUUGCACACAGUAGAUUAUUAUUGCAAGUAAUAUGAAAGUUUUUAGCUAAGAAAACCAGAGGUAUUUUUUCUACAAGGCCUGUGGUAUAUUUUUUUAUUAUACAGCUGAAGCUAAACUUAGUUUGACAUUAUUUUGUAAAAGAUACAAUCAUCACAAGUAGGGCGUCACGAGUAUAAACAUAGUGAUGUUAUCUGCUAAAUUAAUUAAGUGCAAUGCUGUUACGGUACUACAAUUUAAUUAAUAGUUUAUAUUAACUAAUUAGUGGUAUCAUCUGCAUCCUGCACGUGUUUUCCGUAUUAAUGCUAUUCAAAUUAUACGUGGUCAUUGCAAUUUAAACUAUAAGACUGUGAAUUAUUAUAUCGCCAUCUUAAAUCUAAGCUAGGAAGAAAAGUUUUGUUACCUUUCUUGAUAAGUACAAUCUAAAAGUGUAUGUUUAUAUUAUGAUGUUCAAUCGCAUUUUUUAUUGUUCUUUAUUACAAGUUUCUUUCUAUUUGAAAAUUAUUGAUGAAUUAGCCACCCAGUGUGAUAACUAGUGUUUUGUUUACUAAAUUUUUGGGACUGAAUAGUUAUAUUAAGGCAAGACAGUGACACUGAAACUGUUCUAAGCCAUAAUCUUAAGAAAUAAAAGUGCCUUUAUAUUGUAAUUUGCGUAUCUCUUUUCAGCUAGUCUUUAAGCUAUCAUUGAAAUUAUUAUGUAAGAUUUUAUAAAGUAAAUAUAUAUUGUGCGUAUAUAUAAUAUAAUAAGGAUCAUAUACUUACAAUUACUAUGUUAUAACAUUUUGAGAUUUCUAUAUACCUCUGCAUUUUAUCAUAUUUUUAAUCACAUUUGAUCACAUGAAAUAUGGUUUUAAAAUGGUAGGCAUUAGAAGUGCCUUAUGAAUAACUUGCUAUUUUUUCUAUUUUGUGCAAUAAUAAUAAAAAGCAUAAUGAAAAUAAUGCUACCUACAAGAACCAUAAAAUAAUGUUAUAUACACAAUAUCAUUCCAAGGUUAUAAUAUUAAAUGUUAUUUCAUAUUUAAGUACUUAGAUAAAAACGCUAGGAAAUUAGUGUAUAAACCUUCUUUAUUACCAAGAAAGAUAAUUUUACUUAACUGAAAUGUUUGUAUAAUCAUCAUGGAUUGUUUUAUACUUAUGAAAUUGUAAACAUUUAAAAAUAAAAAUAAUUUGCUUUAA